AUGUAUAACGGGGUGUGCUGCUCGCGCAAUGUGUCGGUCGGACAACAAAUGCUCAAUAAUGAGAGGCACCUGGGCGUCGCAGAGACCAAGGAGGCGAUCAACGCUGCCGCCGAGGCGUUCAAGACCUGGGGCAAGACGACCGCCAAGCACCGACACGACGUCCUCAUGAAGCUCUACGCGCUCAUGCAGGAGCACCACGAGGACUUGGGCAAGAUGAUUACGCUGGAGAACGGCAAGCCUCUUGCUGAGGGGAAGGUAUGCAUGCGAGUAUAUUGUGCCCUGCUCUCUUCUUACGCUUCUGUAGGGCGAGAACACAUACGCUUCAUCGUUCGUCGAGCUGAGGAGGCGGUUCGCACCUACGGAGACCACAUCCCGUCACCGUUCCCCAACAUCCGUAAUGUGACCAUCAAACAGCCCAUCGGUGUCGUUUCUAUCAUGACGCCCUGGAACUUCCCCUCGGCCAUGAUCACCCGCAAGCUCGGCGCGGCUCUCGCAGCAGGCUGCACAGCGGUCAUCAAGCCGCCUCCGGAAACCCCCUUCUCUGCAUUGGCCAUCACCGAGCUCGCCAAGCGCGCUGGCGUACCAGACGGCGUGAUCAACGUCGUGACGACGCAGAAGAACGUCGCCGAUGUCGGCCGCGAGAUGUGCGAGAACAAGAUCGUCAAGAAGGUUUCGUUCACCGGUUCCACCAACGUGGCUAAGCUGCUCUAUGGGCUGUCUGCUUCGACUCUCAAAAAGGUUUCUCUCGAGGCUGGUGGGAACGCUCCGUUUAUUGUCUUUGACGACGCGGACAUCGACAAAGCCGUGGAAGGUGCUAUCGCUUGCAAGUUCCGCGGAUCCGGGCAGACUUGCGUCUGCGCUAACCGCAUCUACGUCCAAUCCGGUGUCUACGCAGACUUUGCCUCCCGCCUCGCGGAGAAGGUCUCCGCCUUCAAGGUCGGCAACGGCAUGGACGACAAGACCACACACGGCCCGCUGAUCCACGAACGCGCACUCGAAAAAGUGCAGCGGCACGUCGACGACGCCGUCCAAGGCGGCGCGCAAGUUCUCGUCGGCGGACAGCGCCUCCCGUCGCCAGGCACGUUCUGGGCGCCGACGGUGCUGAGCGACGUGCCCGCGGGCGCGCUGGUCAACACUGAGGAGACGUUCGGGCCCGUCGCGGCGCUGACGCGGUUCGAGACGGAGGAGGAGGUCGUCGCGCUCGCGAACGGCACGGACGUUGGGCUCGCGGGAUACUUUUUCAGCCGCGAUGUGGGAAGGGUGUGGCGCGUUGCGGAGGCGCUGGAGGUGGGGAUGGUCGGGACGAAUACGGGGUUGAUUAGUGUGGCUUCGAUUCCGUUUGGGGGUGUUAAGGAGAGCGGGCUUGGUCGCGAGGGUGGCCAUGGUAUUGAGGAGUAUAUGAAUGUGAAGCUCAUUGCCUUCGGUGGCAUCUAGGGCUUUCUUGAUUCAGAAUCGAACAAUGGAAAUGAAUCAUUGCAAUGCGCAUCUCAUCUGACUGCUUCAAUUUGUUGUAUGUAGACAUAACUGCAAGAUAUGCAUCAUCAUUCAAAGUUUCCGUAUCCACAAAGCAAUCGAUCUAGCUAACUUCAAUCAUUUUUGGUAUAUCUGAGCACUACACAAUGCGAGCGUUUACAUACGCAUCACUCUACAACUUGGCCUGCGGCCCAUCUCUAAUCUCAACGACGGGGUUGACGAGCGUGCCGACGCCGUUGCCGAUCCAGACGCGGCAGUCGUCGCCGUUCUUGAGGAAGACGGCGGGCUUGCGCGCGAAGCCGACGCCUUUGGGUGUGCCCGUGAGGAUGAUCGAGCCCGGCUCGAGCGUCGUGCCUUGCGAGAGGAAGGACACGGUCUGGCGGACGUU